AUGCAGAGUAGAGACAAAUCACUGAGGGGCCCCCGGGGGCCCCCCGGGGGCCCCCAAGAUGCAUGGGGGCGUCCAGGGUUUCUUAUUAAGAGACUUAAACUGGAGAGAAGCGAAGAGGGUACCGAGGGGCCCCCUCAAGGCAGAGCUGGGGCCCCCAACGGAGCUUCAGCAGUUCCUCAGGGGGCCCCUGGGGGGGCCCUUGGGGGGGCCCCUCGGGGUGCCCCUCGUCAAGCAGUUGAGGGCAUACAUAUAACAAUUAGUUCAGAUAGUUCUGAUGGGGAGAUGAAUCCGAAGAGGGUAAUGGGGGCGCCCAGAGGGGGGCCCCCCUUGGGGGCCCCUUCAAGAGAUACAGGGGCCCCUAAAAGAAGACAGAAGAGGAAAAAGCAAGCAGAAGAUGAAGGUGGCGCUGCUGCUGCUGUUAGAGACCGGGCAGCGUCUUCUACUUCCGCAGAUUACUCAGAUGGAGAGAGGGGGGCCCCUUGCCCCCAGGAGGAGGGGCCCCCAAGGGGCCCCCCAGGAAGCCCCCAAGACAACCAGCUGCAUCAUCAGAUAGCAGAAGGAGCAGCAGCUGAGGUGUCUGCUCAACUGAGGGGAUCGGGUACUAGGGGGGCCCCCUCUGAGCCGCAGGGGGCCCCCAUCUUUAUUUGCUGCUCCUCGUCAGACAGCGAGGGGCCCCCUGAGUGCAAAGCAAAGCACACACAAGGGAAGGGAAGGGGCCCCUCUAGGGGCCCCCGCAGAAGCAAGACACCUACAGGGAGACAGCAAGAGACAGGUGUCUCCCCUGCUGCAGCAGCAGCUGCAGCAGCUGCAGCAACUGCAGCUGCAGCAACACCAGCAGCAGCAGCAGAACCAUUUGAAGAGGCAGCCCCAGCAACAGCAAGAGCUGCAGCAGCAGCAGCAAUAGCAACAGCUGCUGCUGCAGCUGCUGCUGCUUCCACCCCUGAGUGGCGUGGCGUUGAGUCUCCCCACAACUCGGAGGAAGAUGUGGGGUCUGUGCAGGUGUUGGGGAUCGGUGGGAUCGGUGGGAUCGAUGUUGGUUCCCGUCUUUCAUCGCUUCCCCAGAGAUCGCAGGGAAGGGGGGCCCCACACCGUGCGGCCGCCUCCGCUGCCGCUACUACUGCUGCUUCUGCUCGUGCUGCUCCUGCUGCUGCUGCUGCUGCUGCAGAAAGGAGACAGUUAGACCCUUUCUAUGGCAGCGCAGGCAAACUAACCCGCGUCGUUCUAAGGGACUUCUGUAAUCAUGAAUUGCUUGACUGGAGGCCCUCGCCUUCUGCAAAUAUUAUUCUCGGAGGAAACGGCCAGGGGAAGUCUGCAAUAGCAAAAGCAAUAUUUAUUUGUUGUGGUGGAGAGAGGGGCCCCUGGCGUUCAUCAUCAGAAGAGGGUAUACCUGUGGGGGGCCCCCCAGGUAGGGGGGCCCCUAGGGGCCCCCAGGGAAGCAGUGCUGCUGCAACACUUGUAAGGAGCGGGGAGACACUUCGUUUGUUUGAAUAUAUCAGAGACUACUGGAAGGAAGAGGGCCCCUCAAAGGCUGUUAUAUCCUUAACAUUUUCAAACUUUUCUUCUGUUGGGGCCCCCCCCGGGGGCCCUGGGGGCCCCCCCUCCCAGGACUUUGGCGCUUCUGCUGCUGCUGGUGCUGCUGCUGCUGCUGCUGGAGAGGAGGAGAGUGAAGAGGAGACUCUGAGGCCCGUAAAAGAAGAAGAAGAAGGGCUAAUUAGUCGGGUGUCUCUGCUAACCAAAGAUGCAUUUAUCCCUGUAGACAGGGCCUACUGCCAUGCGGUGUAUGGGGACUACCUCACCCUCUCGCGCGAAAUUGUUAAGAAAAGGUCUCCCCGCAAGCCCCAUCAGCAGCAGCAGCAGCAGCAGCAGCAGGAGCAGCAGCAGCAGCAGGAGCAGCAGGUAGAGGAGGAGGAGACGGUGUGGGGUACAGGAAGCAGCAGCUGGUAUAUUCAAGGUCUAGGUUCGGCUCUGACAAGCCUUCAAGAAGCAGCAGCAAGACAUAAGUCUGCUGCAGCAGAGUUAAAGGCAUUUGAAGAUCGCCUCCUCCCCGCCAGAAACACCCACAAACAACUCACCAACGAAAUGCGUCUCUGCAAACAGCUUCAGGAGCUCAAAGCAGAGGCUGCUUCGUUGAAGGGGGCCCUACCACACCUGAGGGUGGCGGCAGCAGCAGCAGCAGCAGAUGCUGCUGCUGCUGAGGUAGCGGAGAUAGAGAAGCAGGUGCAGCAGCAAGAAGAGAAGGCUUUGCGUCGCGCUGCUGCAAAGCAGCGGGAAGAGGAGGUGCGGCGUUGCCGGUCUGUGCUGCAGCAGCAGCGCCAGCAGCAGCAGCAGCAGCAGCGCCAGCAGCAGCAGCAGCAGCAGCAGCUAGCUGCUCUCUCGCGUCAAGUCCGAACGAAGAAGGCAGAAGUGCUGCGGCUAAGACAAGAUUUAGAGGCCUCCAAAGAAAUGCAUGAGGCCCUCAACGAAGUCAUUCGCAGCAUGCAGUUGACACUGAAGGGGCCUGUGUCUCCUUCUGAGGCGGAGGCGUCUCAGUUAGCCGAGAAGGAAGCAGCAGCAGAAGCAGCAGCAGCAGCACUUGCUACAGCAGAAGCAAAGCUGCAGCAGCUGCAGCAAGCCUCAGCAGCAGCACAAAGAGCAGCCGCCAAGGCCCGUGGUGUAUGUACAGAUGCUGAGUUACGUCUACAAGCAGCACAACAUCAUGCAAGACAAACUAGCUGGGAGCAGCAGCAGCAGCAAAAGCUGCUGCAGCAGCUGCAGCAGCAGCAAGAAGAGCGACGCCAGGCCCUGCGUAGCUCCUUCGCUCGCGAGCAGAAGGCGCAGCAGCAGGCUGCAGCAGCAGCAGCAGAAGCAGCGGCGAGAGAAACAGCAGCAGCAGCAGCCCGUGAGGCUUCAGCAGCGCCUGGAACAUCUCCGCAACAGCAGCAGCAGCAGCAGCAGCUGCAGCAGCUGCAGCAGGUGCAUGCAUCACUCCAGACCCGCGUUCAGCUGUACAUACACCCGAGGUGGCAGGGGGGCCCCCCAGAUACUGCGGGUUUAUUUGCUGCUAUACGGAGGCUGGUGCAGCAGCAGCAAUUCAGUAGGGCCCCUGUGGGGCCCCUUGGGGAGCUGUUGUGUGUAGACAGCGCUGCAUGCGCAGCAGCAGGAGUUCCAGCAGCAGCAGCAGCAGCAAUCCUUGAAGAGCACCUAAAGCCUCACGCAUCAACCUUUCUGGUUAGCUCCAUAUCGGAGCAGCAGCUGCUGCUGCAGCUGCUGCAGCAGCACCGAUGGGCCCCCCGCGUUGCUGCUGUUAGCUAUGGCUGCCAGCCCUACGCCCCACGCCUCACUGAUGCUGCUCUGGGUAUCCCUCCAGGUGUAUGUACACUCUAUAAGGCCCUCCUGAAGGAAGAGACAGUAGAGACAGCAGAGACAGCAGAGACAGCAGAGACAGUAGUGCAGCAAACCAACAGACGCAGCGACACACGCAACCGCAUGCCCGUGGUUGGAGUGCAUUUCCUAGUGGACGUAGCUUCUAUAGAGCGCGUUGCUAUAGCUGAAGACGGUCAUCAGCUGCGGUCUCUGCUGCAGGGGCCCCCUGGGGGCCCUUAUGGGGGCCCCUCUGGGGGCCCCCCUGCUGGGGGCCCCUCUGGGGGCCCCCGCGGUGUAUGGUUGAGAGGGCUACGAGAAGGAUAUGGGUGGAGGGACUUCGUACACUUGAGGAGACAGGGAAGAGGGACAGAGGGUCUGCCUGCAGCAAAAGAAGGGGGGCGGGUGAGAGCUAGGGGCCUGGUAAGGGUGAUGUCUCUGGGUAGCGACGCAGCAGCAGCAGCAGCAACAGCAGCAGCAGCAGCAGCAGCAGGUGAUAGUGCUGCUGCUGCUGCUGCUGCUGCUCAAGGAAGAGAUAAUGCUAAUAAGAAGACAGAAGAAGCCGGGCCUGAAGAAGCAUUAAAAUUAUUAGAGAGACAACUGCAGCAAGAGUGGAGGGCGGAGGAGAGAGCGCUGCAGCAAAAACAAAAAAAAGAAGCAGCAGCAAAGAAAAAACUUGAAGAAGCUGCUGCUGCUGCUGCUGCUGCACGAGAAGCAGAGGCAGCAGCAGCUGAGGAGCUCCGCGAGCAGUUGAAGGCCUUGCGUGAAAAACUCGAAGCAAAAGAAAGCGAGAGAGACACAGAAAGGAGACAGCAGGAGGUGCUGCAGCAGCGGCUUGAGGAGACACUUGCUGCUGUCUCUAACCUGCAGCAAACGCUUGAGACGACGCAGCAGCAAAUCAGCGAUAGCAACCAACAACUGGCGGAUGCUGCUGCAGCAGCAGAAUCUGCUGCUGCUGCGCUUCGUGCUGCUGAGGAGAGGGUAGAGCAGCAGAAGGCGGAGGAGACAGCUGCUGCUGCUGCUGCUGCUUCUCGUCAGCUGCUGCUGCAGGAGAAGAGACAGAGUUUAGAGGCCCUGAGGUCUCAACUAGAGGUAGGGCUUUAUGCAUGCAAAUAG